UAGUACCAAACAUUUUAUUUUAAAACUGCAAAUAGAUUUUAUUUGUCAUGGGAACUGAAUACAGUGUCCUAAACGAGCCCCUUUAAUCUAAGCGUCCACCAUAAGACGUAACACGAGGUGCAGCCUGUAACAGAGCCAUCGGCGUCCCCCACCUCCCCCCGCGUAUCACCACAGCAACGAAAACAUAGUGGACUCUUUUGCCUCCCUAAUGAUGGCGGGACGUAGUGGUUGUGACGCAGCUACGUAAUAGCGAGUGGGGAGGGGCGGCACGCGUUGUAGUAAGAGCGCAUUGUCUGUUUGAAAGGAGGAAUCUGGGCCGAGUUAAGGCCACCGAGUAAAAGGUCUUUAAAAGACCGGGUGGUCGUGAAGAUUUUCGUGUUGUUCCCAAAAGUGGGUUUGUUUUGUUCUUCCAGUGGCUGGAUCCAACUGAGUAACGGACUUGGGUUGAGGGCGAUGUGUGAUCCUUUGUAAGUGGCUACGCUUCUCGCCUGCCUUUACUUGUGGAUAACAAGCCGUCUCCGUUCGCUGCUGAUAAGCCAGUGUGAGUCUGCCACCGGCAGUCCCACACACCAGCUGUUAUGUACGUAACUGAGUGAUUAUCAAGCUGCGGAAAAAUACAUUUUGCUUCCUCAAAAAGAAAGGUUUUAAUAUAGACUGCUCCAGAGUUGCUUUGUUCUGUUCUGUGCAUGCUCUACUCAGUCACCAUGAUUGUACCUUCUAAACUCAUCUAGAACUUGAAUGCCUUCAGGAGAAAUCUGGUACAUCUGAUCAACCUGGACACUGGUGGCCACACAGCAUGAGUGGCUGAAAAAAAUCUUGACUCCGUAUACAAGGUGGACUCUUAUCAAUCUGACCGAAACUGCAUCAAAUAUGCUGAUUUAACAAGCUGUACCGAAUUUUUUUUUUGCAAGAUACACAUUGGAUGCCACAAGAUUCAUGAAAAGUCUUCACAGUUUGACAGCAAGAAAUGUCUGUGAUGUUAAAUUCUUCUUAAAGUAUUUGUUACUGUGAUGCAUAAAAUUAUUUUUAAAUGACUACUUCAUUUUUCAUAUAAAUUCUGGCAACAUUUUUUGCUCCUCAAAAAUGGAAAGUAUUCUUGUUGAAGAAAAAAUCAACGAUUUGAAAGAUGAAGAUGACCGAAAUAGUGACUUGGAUGGUAUGCAAAUAAAGAUGGAAUUAGACGACUUAAAACAAACUGAAAGUAGCGAUGAGCAAGAAGAUGAGGAUCAACACUGUGCUGAUACCUCAAAUAAGUUUGUAUCAACUGGCAAUGAGGAUGAGUAUGGUGGUCUUUUUUCUCAGUACUCUAGCAAUACCAAUAUACAUUGCUCCUCAAAAAUGGAAAGUAGUCUUAUUGAAGAAAAAAUCAAUGAUUUGAAAGAUGAAGAUGAAGACAGAAAUAGUGACUUGGAAGGUAUGCAAAUAAAGAUGGAAUUAGACGACUUAAAACAAACUGAAAGUAGUGAUGAGCCAGAAGAUAAGGAACAACACUGUGCUGAUACCUCAAAUACGUUUGUGUCAACUGACAAUGAGGAUGAGUAUGGUGUUCUGUUUUCUCAGUACACUACUACUCUUUAUGAUGCAGCAAUGGAGGCAGUUACUCAAAGCAUACUGAAGAAUAAAAAUAUUAGCAAUCGGAAAAAAUCCCCAGCUUGGAAUCACUUUUUUAUAUCUCCCCGGGACAGUACCAAAGCAAUAUGCAUGUACUGUAUGAAAGAGUUUAGCCGAGGGAAAAACGAAAAAGACCUAAGUACAAGUUGUUUAAUGAGACAUGUAAGAAGGGCACAUCCAAGAGUGCUUAUUUCUGAAAAUGAAAAUAUACCAGGUAUAUCUUCGUACUCUCCACCUACAUUACUACUACCUCCGCAGUCUUCAGAUUCUGCAGAAACCAAUGUAACACCUACUAAAUGUAAAAAAUCUGUGUUAAAGAUAAUUUCAGAAAAAGUACCAGAGGAAACGUUGACUUUAUCAGAUGAAAUUUCAUCAGAUUUUUCAGUGUCAGAAAAAAUCAAAGAAGAAGUUUCAGUGGAUUCUCCAGUGUUCUUCUCAAACAGUCAAGCAGAUGAAACCAGUGAAAACAUAGAAGAAAAAAAACACAUUCCAACUCCAAAAAGUUCAUCUGGUUCUAGGAGAAGGUCUGCUGUCUGGAAGCAUUUUUAUUUAUCUCCACUGGAUAAUUCGAAGGCAGUUUGUAUACACUGUAUGAAUGAAUUCAGCAGAGGAAAAAAUGGAAAGGACCUUGGAACUAGUUGCUUGAUAAGGCAUAUGUGGAGAGCUCACCGUUCAAUUGUUUUGCAAGAGAAUGGUGGAACAAGUUUGCCACCCCCGUAUUCUGUGCCUCCUACCUUAUUGCCAUCUCUCCUUCCUCCAGAUGGUGGGGAUGCUGGAUUUGUUGUUGUAUCUCCAGGAAAAAUUGGUAAAGAACCUGCUUCUAUACCUUCAUCUCCUGAUCGGGCUUCAGUGGAAAUUCAGUGUGGUAUUCCUAAUGGUAACUUAUUUGAUGAAGAAGAAUCUAUUUUGCAUUCCUCAGAAGGUCAUAGUGAGUCAUUAUUAAUAUCUUCUCCUGAAAAACUUGGUCAUGGUCGCAGAACUUUAACAUACAAGUCAGCUGUUUUUCAGUCAAAUAAAAAAUCUAUGAAAAGGUUAAAAUCUGAAGUAUGGCAUCAUUUCUCAUUAUCUUCAACCGAUAGUCUGAAAGCAAUGUGCAAUUACUGCAAUUGCAUGAUUAGCAGAGGCAAAAAGGGGGCUUUGGGAACAAGCUAUUUGAUGAAGCAUUUGUAUAGACAACACCCAGAAGUCCUAUUGAACCAAAAAAAAAUUGAUGUUGGUCUAGCCAAUUCUCCUUAUGCUACUUUAGCUUCUGCAGAGUGCUCAUCGAAAAUGACCGAAUUAACAAUAGUAAAUCACGAUAAUCAAAUUGUAUCUCCAACAAACAGCAAAAAGACCUCAAAACUGUGGAAUCACUUUUCAAUUUGUUCUGCAGACUCUACAAAAGUUAUAUGUAUGCACUGUGGUCGAACAAUAAGCAGAGGGAAAAAACCAACCAAUUUAGGAACCAGUUGUCUCUUGAGACAUUUACAGCGUUUUCACAGCAAUGUACUUCAAAACAAUAGCGUUUCUGAAACAUUAUGUCCUGCCGAUUCACAAACACCAGUGAAAUCUGAAUUAAAAGCCUCCCCUUUUGAUGAAACCACUGACAAAUUUAGUGACUCUCAUCCAGUUGCCAAAAAAAUCACAAGUCUUGUAGCUGAAAUGAUUGCACUUGAUCUUCAGCCAUAUUCCUUUGUAAAUAAUGUUGGAUUCAAUAGACUUCUUGAAUAUCUUCAACCUCAAUAUUCAUUACCAUCUACAUCCUACUUUUCAAGAACAGCAAUUCCCGAUAUGUAUGAAAAUGUUAAGCAGAUCAUAGCUUCACACUUAAAAGAAGCAGAAAGUGGCGUAAUUCAUUUUACAGCUGGAAUAUGGAUGAGCAGUCAGACACGGGAAUACUUAACUCUUACUGCUCAUUGGGUAACAUUUGAGUCUUCGUUAAGACCACAUUGUGAAAAUCACCACUGUUCAGCACUUUUGCAUAUUUCGCAGAUUGAUUGUGACUAUAAUGGUGUCAGUGUUCAAAAACAUCUAGAAUACUUGUGGGAAUCCUGGAUUAGUUCGUUUGGUCUUCAGAUAGGUAUAACUGUGACGGAUAAUCCUAGCAUAACAAAAACUUUAAAUGAGAGUGAACUUUCAAGUGUUCAGUGUUUUGGACACACAGUAGACCUAAUUGUUAACGAGGCUAUUAAAAGUCAAAGAAUGGUGCAAAACUUGUUAAGUAUUGCAAGGAAAAUCUGUGAACGUGUACACCGAUCCACAAAAGCAAAAGAAAAAUUAGCAGAACUGCAAAAAGAAUAUGAUUUACCUCAGCACCAUCUGAUUCAGGAUGUCCCUUCUAAAUGGAAUACUUCAUUUCAUAUGUUAGAACGACUGACUGAACAAAAAAGGGCAAUUGAUGAAAUGUCUAUUGAGUGCAACUUCAGGGAACUUAUAAGUUGUGAUCAGUGGGAAGUAAUGCAGUCUGUCUGCCAUGCACUGAAACCAUUUGAAGCAGCUAGUAAAGAAAUGAGUAUGCCCAUGGCCACAUUGAGCCAGGUUAUUCCAAUGAUUCAUAUACUCAACAAAAAGAUAGAGAUGUUAUUUGAAGAAACAAUGGGUAUCGAUACAAUGCUAAAGUCUCUUAAAGAAGCCAUGGUUUAUCGUCUUUCAUCGACCCUUCAUGAUCCGCGAUAUAUUUUUGCUACACUCUUAGAUCCCAGGUACAAAGCUUCCUUAUUUUCAGAGGAGGAGGCUGAGGAGUACAAACAAGGACUAAUCAGGGAACUGGAGAUACUAAGUUCUACCUCAGAUGAUGCGCCCAUCCUUAAUGGGUGCAACAAAAGUUCUUCGCCAAAAAACAAGGGUGAGGAAAACAUUUGGUCACUUAUGGAAAAUGUAAAGAGAUCAAAGACAUUGAAGGAAACGCUGCCAGAAGAUAUUGUGUUUGCUUAUUUGGAAGAAGAGGUUCUUGAACAUAACUGUGAUCCAUUAACUUACUGGAAUUUGAAGAAGUCGGCAUGGCCCUUAUUAGCAACACUGGCUGUCAGGUUUCUUGGAUGUCCACCUAGCAUUAUUCCCUCUGAGAGACUUUUUAACACUGCAAAUGAAAACUGCAAUUUUAACCAAAAUAGACUAAUGAUGGAACAUUUUGAGCAGCUAAUCUUUUUAAAAGUCAAUCUCCCUUUAAUUUACUUCCAGUAUUGAUCUACAAUUAGCAGGUGAAGCUUUUCCCCUAGAUUUUAACUGUAUUUUGUACAUUUGUUAAAUUGCUCCACUAGGGGCCAUGUAUGACAACUGAACUGACAAAUUAUUCUAUAACGUUCCAAUGUUGGGCUUUAAAUAUUGUCUACAUGUGCCUUACUUAGUUCUUCAGGCCAGAUCUUGUACAUUUUUUUUAAUUUCACCCUAGAAUGUUUGUUGUGUAACAAUUUUAAACAAUGUAGGUUUGUCAUAUCUGUAAAUACAUAUGUAAAGUGAUUUCUUUUAAAACAGAACUGCAAAAAAGAUGUAAACUUUUAUCUUGUAGGUUUUUUUUGUACAAAAAGGUACUGUAUUUCAUUCAGGCAUUACUUUUAUGUUGUGUGUUUUUAAUAAUGCUGCAUAUACAGAUUAGGACAUAUUACUAUGAAAGGGAGUCAGUUACUGCAGCUGAUUUUGCUCCAGCUAGCAGUCUGCUGAUAUGUCGGGUAUCCAGUGAGGUUAAAAUGAUUAACUUGUGUCUACACUGCAAUGACCCCUUCAGUGAAACAUAGAAGAAUUGUUUACAAAUCGAUAGUCAAUUUUUUAUGAAAUACAUUUGUUGGUCUGUUACAAGCAAGACCUUUUAUAGGCAAACCACAAAAAGCGUGUAAUGCUGCUAACACACAGUACCUGGUGUGUGCGUGUAAAUGAGAUUCCUGAUACUGCUCCAAUGUUCAGCAUUAAAUUGGGUCAUUUACAUAAUAGAUCUUAAAGGGGAACUAUAGUGAAAAUGAAUGUACUAUAAGCUUCAUCAUACUGAAAUAAGAAACUUUCUAAAUACAAUUAAAUAUUCUGCGUCGUUUCUGGAUUAAUCACUAUAACUAAACUAUUCCUUGCUCAGCAUCUGUUUCUUUCCAUUUUCUCUUCUUGCAGCAGUUGGGUGUCAGAUAAUCAUUGACCGAUCCAAUAUAUCUUAUCUGCUUUCCUAGCAGAUGAAUUAGAGCUCAAUCAAAUAAUGGAUUCGCGUACAAACAAAAUAACUGCCUCUUGCACAAAUUCUGCAUUUAAUUUUAAUAGAGUGAGCUCUAAUACAUCUUGGCAAAAGGAGGCCGCUUAUAAUAUGUAUUUGAUCUAACUGUCAAUGAAUAUAAGACACCCAACUCCUGCAUGAAGAAUGAAGAGAAACAUGCUGAGAGAGGGUUAGUAAAGAAACUUGAUUAUUUCAGAAACGAUGCAGAAUUUUUAAUUACUAUUUAGAAAACUUUGUAUUUAAGUAUGAUGAAGCUUAUAUUAAAUGUUAGUUUUCACUAUAGUUCCCCUUUAAAUGUGCUUAAAAGGAAAGGAAAACCCACAAAUUCUGCACCGAUACCCAUUUACCUUUAUAACAAGUGACCGCUUCCAAACAGGUGCACCAAAAGCCCUUCCACUGUGCUCUCUCCCUCAAAGGCUUACUGGCAUACACUGAUUUACCACCUGCCAGCUUUUACAUUGUCAAUACAAUGAGCAUAUUAUAGAUCUGUGUUAUACUUUUCUAUACUUUCCAAUCCAUAUAGGCUAUACAUGAUGGGUUUCCUUUCCCUUUAAUAACUGAGUAACUUAGUUGGUCUCUUGCUAAAACACUUUCAGUUUACCAUCAGACUGCAUUUUCUUGUAUUGUCCAGUUUUUAAAAUACAAGGUAUCUACCAAAAUUUGUUAUUCUUUAUUUCACAACAGUUUUUAUAUUUCUGCUGUUGUUGAAAUAUGUUCCUGUCAUAACAAUGUUCUCAAAAACAUUAGAAAAGUAAGAAUUUUUUUUUUUUUGCAUCAGUUUUUUCACCGUUGCUGUAAACUAUAAAUUUUUUGUGUAAUACUGUACCAGUCUGACUUAAUUUUUACAUCUAUGUAUUAGUGUAUUUAUAAAUGGUAAACAAAUGUUUUUGAAAUUAAACCAUUUAUUU